UGAAACGUGCACGAAGAAAUUCAGUAUCGUGAAAUCAACUGCUCGUCACUGGCUGUUUGUGUGCUACGACUUAGCUUCGUCAAAUACAUAUAACUGUACGUUUGUUGAAUUUUCAUUCAUAAUUGUCAUUGGCUCGUUCAGGUCAGAUGAAACGAAAUGAUGAAGCUUAGUUUGCAGAGUGAUAGAAAUUUGACUAACUAUUCAAAGCGUGAAGUGUUGGUGAUAACAUUUAAUACUUAGCAGUGAUAACGCUUAUAAAAGAACCGAUAAAAUGAUUCGUUUGUAGAAAUUAUUCAACGUAGAUUGAAUCAAUAUUUAGUUGAGUAGCGCGACUAGUGGAGAAUGGCUGCACCUGACAACGACGCCGCAUUUGAUCGGAUUAUGGAAUCCAUCGGAGACGAUGGGCCAUUUCAGAAGCGGUACAAUCUGUUUUUCAAUGUAACAGCUGUUAUGUUUGUGUCCAUGACCGUGGUGAAUAUUUUGAUUAUAUUGACGGUGCCGGAGCACAAUUGUGACGUUCCAGGGAAAGAAUUGUACGGAGUGACGUCGACUGAUGAAUGGAAGAAUUUAACUCUUCCAAGAAUACUCAACAGUCGAGGAGAACUUGAUUAUAGUGCGUGCACAAUGUACAAUCUCUCGUUAUACCCAGUAGGUACCAGCUCGGAUCGAUUGGUUUUUAAUGAAAACGAAACCUCUGAGUGCAUAUAUGGAUAUGAGUUCGACCGACGGUACUUCGAUCGAAUCCCCAUAACUGAGCAAAAUUGGGUUUGUGAUAAGGAGCUGUACGCCACCAACAUUUUUGCAUUCGUGAGAAUUGCUGAAGUUAGUGGGACUUUUAUUUUGGGACAGCUGGGAGAUCGAAUAGGCCGCCUACCAGUGUACAUGGCCAGCAUUGCAACAAUCACAGUUGGACGCACGUUGGCAGUGUUCGCCGCUCCACACUAUUGGCUAUUCGCGGCGCUAGCGUUUCUUGGAAGUUUUUCAUCUAACACCGGGUUCCAGUCUCCGCUAAUCAUUGCAAUGGAGAUAUCGAAAGAUGAAAAUCGAGCAGCCCUUUCGAUGUGGCAGCUGUUCGGUUGGACCAUCGGCAUUUGUCUGGCACCAUUGAUUCUUUGGUGGCUCCGGGACUGGUAUUGGUUCAUGCUGAUCACUUCGGUGCCCUGUCUGAUGGUUUAUUGUUUACCGCAGUACAACAUUGAAUCGCCACGAUGGUUGGCUAGUCAGGGACGUUACCGAGAUUGUAUUCGAGAGUUGACGAAGAUUGCACGAAUAAACGGUAAGGAGUUCACGAGCACUGAGGAUGAACUGCGGCAGCAGGUUCCACAGAAGGAGGUCGAGAAGACGUAUGGCAUAGCGUCGCUUUUUAGCGGUUAUCAUAUGGCCAAGCUGACCGGUUUGCUAUUAAUCGGGUGGAUUUGCAACACCAUUCCAACAUUCACGUUAUUCCUGCUUAGUAUGCAGAUGGGAGGUAAUCCAUUUUUGAAUUUCUUCUGGCAGGGCGCCAUCGAGUUGCCAGCGUACUUUUGCGGUCAGUUACUAAGCGAUCGGCUUGGGCGGCGACUCACUAACAGUGGAGCAUUCCUGGGAGUCGCACUGUCCUGCAUUCCUGUUAUUUUCAUAAUUCAUCACAGUGGAACCGAAUUUUACACAACGAUUCUAGCAGUCAUAAUUAAGUUCUUCGUUUGCAUAACAUACUUCACACUGUACUUGCAAUCGUUUGAACUGUACCCGACUUCGUUGAGACAGACGGGAACCUCGUUUGGUAUCAUAAUCGCGAAUGUGUUUGGAACCCUGGGACCUUACAUAGUGUUUCUCGGAACCAAUUACGAUUUACGUCUACCUUUCAUUGUGAUGGGUUUGAUGGGAUUUCAGGGACUAGUGGCGUCACUUUAUUUACCGGAAACUUUAUACCAGAAGUUACCGGAGACAAUGGAAGAAGGGCGCCGUUUCGGAAAGGAUCAACGAUUCUGGAGUUUGCCGAGGAAGCCUCGUAACGGAAACCGACGAAAGACUGAUGAUUUGGACGAAGAAGCAAGCCUUAACCGGUGAGAAUGGGCCGAUGAAUCUCAAGGCUUUGGUGUACAGGGAACAUAAAAAAGAGUAGAAAUAAAAAUAGUAUUCAAUUGAAAUAA